GCAAAAGUCCGCCUAACUUCCAAGCUUAAAAAAUGGUUUCGAAGCAAGUAACCGUCUGCACAAUAUUCCUUGCCUUGCUGUGUUCGCAUGUCAGGUCACAGGAUCCGAUCGAUAUGGAUUUGGCAAAGAUUAAUAACGAGCUGGACGCAAUCCUCGGGAGGAAAAACGGGAUCGCGUCCACACCGGAUGAAAUGGAAUACAAUGAGGAAAUAGAUAAAGUACAGAUGGCCAGGAAUAGAAACGAUGGUGGUACUGACCAUGAGAAGCAAAAAUCACUCAGUGUAAAAAUGGCAGCCAAAAGGCAAUUUGAGUAUUACGAAAACCACAGAAAUGAGUUAAAACAAACGAUUAAUAAACUCUUACCACUGGCUGAAAAGUUCAACGCCACUUUGAUUGCCAACGCCUUAAAGAACGCGCUGACCCAGAAAAAUAAUUAUAAAGAAUACGCAAUAGCGAGUGCCCUGGAGCAAUUGGUGGCGAUCAGCUAUAACACUGGAAUGCCGAGUAAUAUGAUUGGUGGCCCUAUUCAGCCAGGUGGUCCGAGUACUGGCCCGAGUGAUUUAAGUAAUUUUCUAGAUAUUUUAUCAAAAUUCGUGCGGGCCGGCGGCCAUUUGUUUUCACCUACCGUGUAUAACCAAAUAAGUCCUCCGUCGAUUAACUCGCUAUCCGACAAUAACUUAAACCAACAACUAAAGGACUUGUUAAAAAAGUUAAACAAAAGGCUUGGUUCCUUAAGCGAGGGAGACUAUGAUGACUGGUUGGAGUGGUUUGAUUGGUAAUACAAAAGGUUUUGGUAAAUACACGAGUAACGGGAAUUUAGUUUUUGGAAAACGCUUGCACUUUUGUUAGUACAUAUAAGCUUUUCGGUUUUUUUUCACAUAUUCUAUCA